UAUGUUAUAAUUUAUAACACUUACAUCAUAUUUUAAGCGUUUUAUGCGAGUAAAUGCAUCAACAAUAGUCCAAUAAAAAAUUAGGAAGUAUAAAAAGGUAGAGUUACAUAAAAAUUGUUAUUACCUUUUAUAAUGGAGAUUUUAACAUUUUUCUUAUUAAUUCUCAUCAACAUUUUGAUCCCAAAAGUUUCUUCACAAUGCACAAGAGAUCUAAUUUCUGAUUGUGUGAUUUACGACUCAACUCACAUAAAAACUUUCGAUGGAAAAGUCUACAGCUUUUCCUCAACUUGUAGUUACACGUUAGUUUCAAUUCCAGCGAAAGGUUUGAUCAUUAAUUACUUGAGAAAUCCAAACGCACUUGAAAUAAUUUAUCAUUCAAAAACCUAUAUGGUUUCUGUCGAUAAUUAUGGAUCUAUUUCGUUUACAAUAAAUGGAUUUCCUUAUCAAAUACCAACGACUGAUAGUGGAAUUAAAAUUUCUCAACCUGGAAGUAUGGCGAUUCUUGCGUUACAACCAUUCAAAAUGAAGAUAAGAUACAACGGAAAUACACUUGAGAUAAUUCAAAAUAACAAAAAUAAUUUCGAUUCGACUAAUGGUCUUUGUGGAAACAACGAUGGUUGUAACUACAAUGAAUUGACUAUGUCUGAUGGUUCAAGCACUACCUCUUCUCUUGCAUGGGCCAACAGUUGGGGUUUAAAUGGAUGCCUCUCAAAUAAUUUUUUGAACCAUUGUGGAACAUCCCCAAUAUUAAUCCAUAACUCGGAAAUUUUUUGCCAUAAUCUUUUCCAAAGGCCAGAAUUUGCUGGAUGCGCGGACUUUGAAGAAUCGUACCGAAACAUAUGCAGAUCGGAAUAUUGCGCAUGCUCAAAUCCAAUUCGCGAGGAAUGUAUGUGUGAUAUGUUGGAUUCGAUGGUAAGAAGUUGCCAAACGAAGAACAAUAAUCUUAUUAAUUGGAGAAGUCCUGGAUUAUGCGAGAUUACGUGCCAAAAUGUAUUCCAAUACAUGACGUGCGCCCCGAAUCAUAAACAAUUAAUUUGUGGGGAAUCCCCAAGAAAUAAUCGGGAACGUUUCGAUUGCGAAGAGGGGUGUUAUUGUCCGGAAGGAAUGCGGUGGUAUCAAGGAGUGUGUUAUUGGCCUUCAGAGUGUCCUUAAUAUUAAAAAAUAUUAAAUAAAUAUUGA